GUCUAACAUCAAUUUUCUCAUAAAAAUUUUCCAUACAAAAAAACACCAAUCUAGAGCAUACAAGCAAACCACAAAUUAUCGAUACAAAUUGUUUAAAAUUAAAGAUAAACAUCUAUAAACAACAUGAUUAAUUGACAGCUCAUUCCUCCUUGUCAACUAAGCUUCUUCACUCUCCAGUUUCCACUCCAUAAUAUCAACUUCAUCGUACACAAUUAGAAAGAAAAAAUUACACAUGCCUCCAAAAACAUAAAGAAGAUUAGUUGUUUAAGGAAGAUAUAUUGUUUAGAAUAUUAAAUCUACCGAAAACAUUAAUUAUAUGAGUGUGGACGGGUACCCAUGGGGCGGGUUUGCCUAAACGCAAAUCCAACCCGAUGGUGAUGUAGCGGGUUUAAACCCAAACCCGACCCAAAACCCGUCAAUACGAGUUUUACUCGCGUUGACCGAGUUGGGUCGGGUAAGGUACCCGUGGGUUCGGGUUUUGUUGCCAUCCCUAACCACCAUGAAUUAACGAAACCAGAUAGUCCAACUACUAAAGGAAACAAUCUCUAGCCAGACCUUACUGAACCACAAAAGUCCAUUCUUAACGUGUGCAUUUGGUUUCCUGCGGCAGGUUUCGUGCUCUGCCGGCCAAGAGAGAUUCUCUGCAGCAAAAUUAAAUAUGACUGAACCAAACGAACAACAUGGAACAUUCUUCCAGCACUUGGGACAUGGAGGCAGCAGCAACCCCCUCAGCCCUCAGGCUUCACCACACUCUCUCAGGGUCGAACAAGAGAUUGGAAGCUAUGGAGGACGGAACUACCUCUAUGACUAAAAGCAGUAAGAAUGCACCAGAACGAAUCCCAAAGCUUGAAGGGUUUGGGGCAUCUUACAGUUCUUUAGCUGAAAGAUGCGACCACCUGCUGUCGUCAAAUCUAUGCCAUGAAUCCAGCUCAAUGUCUAGAGGAGCCUCUGAAGAUCAAGUGCUGGCAGCUGAAAGUUCUUAUCCACCAGAUGCUGCUGCCACAGAUAAUGAGAUCAUGGUGAACCUAAUCACCCAGCCAAUGCAUUCGCAGGGCACUGAUGACAGAGAACCAGACUGGGCUGAGCUCAAGUUUCAAGUUGCAAAGCUGAUGGAGGAGAAUCUGUGGCAGCAGGCAGAGUUGGCAAGGAGAAAUGUCGAGAAGAAAGUGACUAUCUCCAGGCUUCAAUCACAGGUUGAACAUUUGAAGCGUCAGAAUAUGGCCCUCCAGGAUUCUAUCAGCUUCUAUGAAAUGGGGAAGAAGAAUCAUCGAUCAUCAACUUCAAAGUUGCACCAACUUUGGGACAAGCUCUUCAGAAGAGAAUAUACAGAUUGAUUAUAGUCGCUUUCCCAGAUCCAACCAGAUCAUAUACUGUAUAUAACUUUAAUCGAGAAUUGGCAUUGAUGGUUACCAAUAAUCUCCACAUGAACAAAAACCAUCUUUGAAGUGGUGAAAACGCUUUGAGUCUCUUACUAUUAUCUCUCGAUUCACAAUCUUGGAUAUCAGCUUAAUCACAGUAUGACAAUCCCCACAGACCCUUAGAUUCUUCAUAACUUGAAUCAUUGCUCCAGGAACCGAGUUCAUAAUCCCGAAGGCAACUGCUAGCUUCUCACUAUGGCCUCUCAGAUUUACUUCCUUCUCUUCCUCAUCAAUGUCAUGUGGGACAGAAGUCAUAUCAGGUACAUAACCAGCUCGCUGCAGCUUCACCCCAAGUUCCUCCAGAUAGCGGUAAAUGUCCUCGUGGCGAGGAUGCUCCUUAUCUCCAACCAAGAAAACAUGCACUCUGCCAUUGAGUUCGAUUAAGCUGAAACCAGGAGUCUUGACCAGGCCACUAUCUUUCAUGAGCUC